AUGGUGGCCCAACUGCUAGGGCUGUCCUCUCUCUGUCUGCUGGCUAGCCUGUUCACCUCUACAGCAUAUGCGGUGGAGAUCAUUAACCCCGGGGAAGUGGUGUACAAUAACUCACGUGUGUACGGGGUGUUGGGAAAAGCUGUGAUUCUGGAGUGUGGUGCCACCUUACCUGACGUUUACAUCUGGGGUUUCACCAAGCCUGGCACUGAAGCCAUCAAGGCCGUGGUCUAUGACUUUGGCAAGGGACCAAGGAUUCAGAAGUUUGCCCAGACCCUUGGAGACUUGAGAGUCAUCUCGAAGAGUGCCUCUCUUAGCAUUGAGCGAUUACCCCUGGCUGCCCAGGGUCUACACACCUGCCAGGCCUUAUAUGACACAAACCAAGGAGCAAAAUUCUACUACUACUAUGUACGCCUAACAGUCCGUGUUCCGGUCAGUAAGCCUUAUGUCCUACUGAGUGAUGCAUCUCCAGUGGAGGGAUCUUCAGUGUGGCUGCGCUGUGGCCUAGAAAACGGCACUGCACCUAUUCACUAUGUAUGGGAGCACGAAACCCGUGACGGUUCGGUCACGAUGUUCGCUCAAGGCAACAGCAGCUUGCUCAACGUGACAGAGGUCAACCGCGACCACACAGGCUGGUACCGCUGUUUGGCCCGCAAUGCAGUCAAUAAACAGCGCUCUGACCGCAUAUGGCUGGACAUUAUCUAUGGUCCUGAUGUCCCACAGAUAGAUGUGACUCCGUACAGCAUGACAGAGCGGGGGUACUCAGCCCUGGAAAGAGAAACCGUUUCUUUACUGUGUCAAGCCCAGUCCAACCCCCCAAGUCAGUACGUCUGGUUCUACAACAACUCCCAGGUCUACACCGGACCUCAGUUCACCAUCACCAGGAUCCUCCGCAUGCACACUGGCAACUAUGCCUGCCUGGCGCAGAACACCUACCUCAACACCCGCUCAAAAAAAACCAUCAGCCUGACUGUAUACUACCCCCCUGAUGGUUCACCCUCCUGCUCCAUUGAGCCAGCUCUGAAUCACACCUCUCUGAGACUCCUGUGCUCCUGGCUGGGUGGACUGCCCUCUGCCUCCCUCCACUGGACCCGAGGCCUGCUAGGCCUGGGACAAGACAUAACUGGCCCAAGACAGGAAAUAGAUAAACUGACCAACAAUGCCACCUUGCUUCAAUCCGUAGCCCAGACUUCCAACAAUACCUUGUUCACAUGUGUGGGGUCGCACCUUGCCCUUGAGCAGGCUACAUACUGCAGCGCACGCACCUAUUCCCCCCCUGCAGAGCCAGUAUGUUUUGCCUAUGCCACUCGAAACAACCAGUAUCUGAUGCUUUCCUGCUCCUGGAACGGAGGGGCUCCUAGGGCCCUUCUGUGGUGGGAGGGCCCAGGUGGCCAGGGCCAAGCGGCGGAAGAGAACUCUAACAUCCUGGUACUUCGCUAUGGCACUGUCCACAGUGGGAAGGCCUACACGUGUCAUGCUAAACACCCCAUUCUGGCCCAGACCAAGACCUGCAGGCUCACACUGGAGGCUCCUGUGUUAAUGACACAGCGCAGCGUUGUGUCGGUCUAUGAGGGGAGUGAUGUCCAGCUCACAUGCAUCCUGAGAGCCAAUUACCUCCCAGCCGGUGAAAUCACCUGGUUCAACAACCACAGAGAGAAAGUGUGGGACAUCCCUAAGAAGUACUUGCUACAGCGGGCUGCUGCCUGGGCCAACUUGACUGUGCAAGAGGUAGAUGGGAUUCGUGACAGUGGCCAGUACUGGUGCUCUGCCGCCAAUGCGGUGGGAGGAGCUGAGAUCCCCAUUACGUUAUUGGUCAUGAGGUACCCCAUGCCACCCAAUGUAACCCUGGUCAGAGUGCUCUACACUAGCCGCCAGCGCAGCGAGGUGGAGGUGGAGUGGCAGGUCGACAGUGACAGAGAGAACGAUGUAGAAAAAGACAAAGGGGUCACGAGUUUCAUCUUGGAGCACAGAUGGGUGACAGAGCAACCGGCAAGGAGGAGGAGUAAUGUUUCAGAGGAUAAUGAAGAGCAAGAGGAGAGGAAGGAGAAGAGCACCUCACUGGUCUGGUACCGGACCGUCAUCCAGGAUCCAGAAGUCCGAAGCCACACUGUAGGAAGUCUCACCCCCACCAACACCUAUCAGUUCCGCAUCACACCUGUCAAUCAUCGCACCAUUGGACAUCCUUCGGCCACAGAGACCCCAGCGGAACCAACCUUCAAUUCAUACCCCGCUGUGAUCGGAGCAGCCAUUGGGGGGAUGAUCUUUGCAGCCAUUGCUACAGUGCUUCUGCUUAUGUAUAUAAUACGCAACCGCAACAAUAAUCCUAGAUUACACGACCUCCUGUUUGGCCUGCAGCACAGCCAGUCGAGAGAGAACAUUAAUUUUCCAGAAGAUGAAGUGGUAGGGGGUGCAGACGGAGGGAUAGAAGAGAUUGGCACUUCAUCUAGCCCAGGUCCAGCCUUGGCACUGCCCAGAGCAGCAUCACCCCUGAGUGCUACACCCACCGCCAGCCACGGCCAAGCCCCUCCUCCAGAUGACAAUGAGCCUGUCAAUGUCACCAUCACUGUCAAAGCAACAGGGUCAUAA